AUGGCGCCGAUCCUACACGUAGAUGGAGCCGAACCUGAAUGGUUCAAUCUCUGUCAUCAUCUCCAGUCACAGGAUAUCAACCCGCAAGCCUCAUCCCCAUUCUUCAACGGUCACGCACCUGCUGAGAUUCGCAAUUUCAUAUUCGAAUUUGCCUUGACUGGGUCGCCCGAUCCCAAGGCCCGAAGGUUCAAGAUAGAGCCUGGUGGUGUCCGAUUCGAUCACGACCCGGCACCAACCCCGCAACUUCCGGUCGAUCCUCCAUCGGAUUCGAAAACCACAAGGCGGCAACAGACCUUACGCCUAUCUGGGCCGCUCGAUUAUCGUUACCGUCGCAGCCGCCCCGAACGCUUUUCACGACGAGCAGAAAAUGGGUUUGACUGGCUUCGACCUGACAACACUGACCGUAUGCGAGUGGCCACUGCCUUACUGCUCACAUGCCGUCGGGUAUAUCUUGAGACCCAUUCACUGCCCCUUCAGCAGAAAGAGCACGUGUUCUACUGUGCUCACGGCCCAGACCAUCUUGGACUACAACAUCCAAGCAGUAAUAGCAUCGAGGCUUUCUUCCAUCAACUGAACAAGCCUACAAGUGUACCCGGUCUCCUCCAGAAAGACCUUGUGCGCUCCAUUCGACUGUUCACACAGCAGUCUUGGCUGGAGAAUACGUUUUUGGGGCUCACCCAGGCACCAAACUGGUUCAACAGUGUUCACCAUCUCCGCAUCACGCUCCGUCGCGGCGAUUGGUGGCACUGGCAAGCCGGUGAAACUCUCAGGAUCAACCCUUUCCGGGGCAAUUGCCACGCGCUCGAAGCGAUUGAUGAUAUGUACGAAGAUAUGGUGGUCGAAGGCAGCAACCCAGCGUUCGCUGAUGAUGUGUGGGGACAGGCGUUCGCCAACAUGCCCCAGCUGCGGACUCUGACAAUUGACUUUGAGACGUCGGAAUUCAAGAAAUCGGAAUUGGAGACCAUCGUCGACUGGGCUGCCAAUUGGCGAUUUCCGCUUUCGGGGGGUCGGCAUCUCGCCACGGAAGAGGUUAUGAAGAUGAGCUGGCGCGGCACGCUGCACCACUGGCGUCCAUUUUGCGAGGCGCCUGGACACUGGGAAAUUAAUCCAACUACCCCUUGCGCCGCCUGUGUGGAGAGGGGUAGGCUCGUUGCAAACGGAUACGGACCGCGGCUGUACGUUUGGACUGUAAUAUGGAAGCCAGCCGACAACAAGUGA